CCCGUUCGCGUUCUGCCAUUGUCCACGGCGAAUGCCCUUGAAAUGAGAUUAUUUGGUUCGUCGACCCAACAAUGACACGCGCCGGUGCGUCAUCCCCGAGGUCGUGUUGACAUGCACAGACGGGCUCGCCGGCGAUGGCAACUUGGCAUUUGCCCGAAAAUGGGGGAAGGCCAGGGCUGGAGGGCUGGGUACGACAAGCAUCACCAGCAAAGCUGAAUGCGGUUGCUGGUGCUGCUGGUGGCUUUGUAGCCGGCCUCGUGACUUGUCCUCUCGACACAAUCAAGAUCCGCCUCCAAGCCCAAGAGUCCUUCAUUCUGAGAAGGAGGCAUCGGUCUCCCGCCUGUACGCAGAGGUUCUACAAGGGUACUUUCGGGACCGCACGGGUCAUACUGAGAGAGGAGGGAAUCAGAGGUCUUUAUCGUGGAGGGGGCCUCAUGGUUCUGGGAUACCUCCCGACAUGGGCCCUCUGGUUUGCAACGUACGAAAAGAGCAAAGCGGUACUGCAGAAUAUAUUUAAUAAUAUGGUGGUCAUCAACAUGUGCUCCUCGAUAUUUGCAGGACUAGCAUCCACUGCAAUCACGAACCCGAUAUGGGUCCUGAAGGUUCGCGUCAUGUCGCAGCCACUACGGGCCAAGAGACGCUGUCCCAAAAAUUUGGCAGACAUGACGGCUUCUUCAUAUCACCGGCCUCACUGGUACUACCGCUCUGGCCUCGACGCAGCUCGAAAGAUGUACCGAUACGAGGGAACACCUGCAUUCUACUCUGGCCUGGGGCCCGCGCUUGUUGGGGUGUCCCAUCUAGGGGUUCAGUUCCCGGCCUACGAGUACUUGAGGCGAAAGUUUACUGGUGGAAGCACUGGCGAUCCGGGAGCAAACUGGUUCGCAGUCCUAUAUGCGUCGAUAUUUGCCAAAGUAUUGGCCAGUAGUGUCACAUACCCUCACGAGGUCAUUCGCACCAGGCUACAAAUUCAGCGGCGUGCAAUGCUUGGCCCAGAGUUCCUGCUCGGGCUUGCCAGCGCCAGACGAGGCUCCGAUCUUAUGCUCAGACCGAAAUACAGGGGAAUGGUUCGCACAUUCCAGACAGUAGUCAGAGAAGAAGGCUGGAGAGCGCUCUAUGCUGGUCUGAGCACUAACAUCCUGCGAACUGUGCCAUCCGCAGGCGCCACAAUGCUGACCUAUGAGUGGGCGAUGCAGACCUUAAACGGUUUCAAAAAGGCAGAACUCGACUUUGAAGGGGGAAUGUGAAUUGUAUGCUAAUAUAAACCCACUAAUUACA